CUGGGGUUGGCGAUAAUGGGUUACGAGGAAGCUUUCUUUUGGCUCGGAGUGCUGUCCUGCUUAGCAUUGUUGAUCAGGAUUCUUUUUUAUUUUCACAAGUUCUUCAAGUUGUUUGUGUGGUCUCGAUGGUGCAAGCAGAUAGACUUGAAGUCAUUUGGAAAGUGGGCGGUUGUUACUGGAGCUACCGACGGUAUUGGAAAGGCCUAUGCAAUAGAAUUAGCUAAGCGAGGCAUGGAUAUAAUUCUCAUUAGUAGAAAUGAAACAAAAUUAACCAACACAGCUUUGGAAAUAGAGAAAUCACAUGGAGUAAAAACAUUCUGGAUUAAGGCUGAUUUUUCAACUAGGGACUGUUACGGACAUAUAGAAAAAAAUCUAGAUGACAAGGAUAUAGGAAUAUUGGUAAACAAUGUAGGAACACUACAAUUUGUAAGUCAGGAAUAUAAUGAAAUUGAAAAAGAAUCUUUAUGGAAAGAAAUUGACAUUAACUGUGGUGCUCUGGCUAUGAUGACAAGAAUAGUUUUACCGAAAAUGAAACAAAAACGAAAAGGCCUGAUUGUAAAUAUGAGCUCUAUCUCAUCAAUAACAACAUUUCCUACGAUGAGUCUUUACGCUGCUACAAAGUCAUUUAUGAAUAUGUUUUCUGUAAGUAUCGAAGUUGAAGUUGCUCCAUACAAUAUUCGAGUACAAAACCUCAUUCCAUACUUUAUUGAAACAAAACUAUUACAAGAAGGAGAAGAGGUUAUACAGAACCUAAAAAGGAAAGCAAAGUUUAUGAUCCCAGAUGCAGAAACAUAUGCAAAGAGUGCAAUAUAUACAUUAAAUACAGAUUAUCUCAUGACUACUGGAUACUGGCCACAUGUCAUCAUGGAAUUAGCAGCCAACGUGUUAUCUAUAAGGAUGAGUGCCAAAAUUUUACACAAUAGAUUGCAGUCUAUGUUUGGAAAAAAACUCAAAAAGGACUCUAAUAAAGCAAAAACAAUUUCUUAGUAAUAAUAUAGUUAAUUUAUUAUGACCUAUCCGGGUAAUUCAUCAGUUUUUUCUGCCAAAGACACACUAAUUAAUGAAUUUUAUGUAAAGAAAAGGUUUUAAUGAUUUUAAAGAAUGAAGGAUAAAUUAAUAAUCCCCUAUGUUUUGAUGACUAGUAAAAAUCAUUUUAUAAGUAAAUUAACUAUGUAUUAUCACUUAGAUUAUUCCUAUUAACAUCCAUCCCAUUGAUGAAAAUGGUUGGGCCUAUGGUAAGAUGUAAAAAAAAUACAGAAAUAAAAUAAACUGCAUAAUGAUGUGAGCAAAUGCUUUUUUUAUGUUUAUGUAUACUUUAUUAGUGUGUUUUAUUUCUGUCAUUAUUUUCAUUAUAUCUUUAGUAUUAAGUAUAAAAAGGUUCCAUAGAAUAAAUAAAAAUGAGUCAAUGUAUGCAUUAGGUAAAUAUAAUCUAUGAUAGAUUAAAAAUAAUACAAUUAUCACAAUGGAUUCAAGCAUGCUAAGCCUUAAGAGUAUAAGUUUUUUGGAGCCACUCUCUAUUAGAUUUGAAUUAAAUUAGAUUUUAUUAAUGCAAUACGAACAAUUCAACAUUAGUAGACAUUACAAUACAAUCAUUUUAUUGUUUGUUGAAAUUGUAAAUUAAGAAAAUUAUUUGUGAGCUAGUCUGCC